AUGAAUGAACUAAGGGAGCUAAGCAAGAAGGUGAGGGAAAACACCACCGCCAAAAAAGAGGAAAAGAAAAACGAACCGGAAAUAAAAAACCUGUUUGAGAACUUCCUGAGCAACAACUCGAUAAAUUACCUGAGCUCGUUUAUAAACAAAACGAAUGGGGUUGAUAAACUGGGGGAGAAUGACGCAGGGGGAGGAAAUCCCCAGGGGGGGGACCAUUUGGAAAACGCCCGCCAGAGUGGGGAGAAUCAAGCGGGUGGUUCGAAGCAGGAAUAUUGCGAACCCACUGCCGAGCAAGGAAGGUACCCACAGGAGGAUGGCCCCCCGGGUAAGAAGCACCCUAGCGAGAAAAAGAAAAAACACAGGGACGAGUUAGAAGGACACACGGUGGAAAGCAAAAAUGUAAGCCUAAGCCACAUAAAUGUGAAGAAGAUCCUGCAGAACAAGAAGAGCGUCGAUUUUAAAGACCUAAACAAACUAAUUAACUUUUUUAAUGAGGAAAUAAUGGAGAGAAGCAAAAAGCUGGAAAAGUUUAUGAACAAAAAUAAAAUAAAAAAUGAUUACAGUGAGCAAAUUUUAAUGAUAGAAAAAUUUAACAGAGAAAUGCGAAUUAUUGAAAAGAACUUUUCCCAGAAGGAUCCCCUGUACCAGCUAUAUUUGAUGAAAAAGGAAAAAAAAAAAAGCUACGAAUCGCUAGUCUUUUUUAAAAACUUCUUCAACUGUUUAAGUAAUUACCUUCACCUUUCAGAUAAAGCGGAAACGAAUUAUAAGAAGUUAAAAAUUUGGAAGGCGUUGCUUUAUCUGCGCAAUUGUAAGACGCACAUUUUGUUGAUAAGGGCCAUUUUGAAGUCAGCAAAAGGGGGGGAUGUGGAUGGCGGUGCUUCUAAGAUGAAGCGGGAACAACUCAACAUGGAAGAGGGCACCCCCUCGGAUGGCCCCCCCCAAUUGGAUGACGCCACACCAUUGGGAAAAUCGAAUGAAGCGGAAAAGUUUAAAGAUAUUCUGGGGAACGAAACAAACUGUGAUGGCACCCCCACAGAUAACCACCGCGACAAAAAACUGAUGGAGGAUUUGAAAAGUAUUUUCCUAACAGAUUCAGCCGAAAAGACGCUACAUGAAAAGCCCACCCUUAUGAAGGAUAUAAAAAUGAAGUACGACCAUCUGCUUAACAAUUUAAGAUGCAUCGUCCGAGUUACCUUCGAGAAAAUGUUUCUCUUCAACGGGAAGAUGCAGAUUUAUAAAUACGUUUAUCUAAACCCGAGGGACAUCUUUUCGGAAAAAGAAGAAAACACUCAGGGGCAAAAAAUUUCCUACGUCAUGUUUUGGCAUUUGGCUUACAUCCUGAAAAUGCAUAGGGAGUACUUGGAGGAGAUAAAGAAGCACUUAUUUUUUAACCUCUUCAAAUUGAUGGUCCUCUUCUACUGCCUUGCCAAAAAUGUGAAUUGGAAAAAGGUAAUAAAUAGCCUCCACCAAAUGGGGCGUAAAUCACACUCGUUGAAUUAUCGAGAUGUGAAGAAAUUUGUUUCAACUGUUGCACAAAAAGGUGAUGUUGAUUUGUGUACACCUGACUGUUGUAACCAUUUUGGGACGUUUAAAAGGUUCCUCUUUUGUGAGCGUGAUGGGAGAACCUCCGCAGGUGAGGGGGAAGACGGAGGAGGGGCAAAUGACCCGUUCACUGCUCUUUGCUUAAGUGAUUAUAUAAUUGAGCAUGAAGAUAGUGUUGUCAUCGAUAUGGAAAAAUUUUUUGGCAAUUUUUUGGAGUCCUUGGAGGGAGCUCAGAAGGUAAAGCAACCGGGUUUUUUUCCCCCCGAGGGAUUAUCCCCUUUUCAGGGUGGGAAAGUUAAUCUGGAAGGGGCAGACGAUUUGAAGAGUGACCAAGGGAAGGGAAGUCAAGAAUCUGACGAUAGAGGUGCUACGCCUGAGUUUGGCCUCGGUACUCCCCAUGAGCUGCGAAAGGGGGCAGAACGCGCCAACUUCUUCACCGCGCUGUCGCGCUGUUUGUUCGAGUUUCACGCCGUGGCGGAGCUGCUAUUUGUGGAGAGUGGGCAGAAAGGCAAAGCAGAGGAGGAAGAGGAGGCAGGGGAGGCAGGGGAGGCAGACGAAACGGGCGAAACGGGUGAGCCCCCCCUGGACAUUGCGAUCGAGGAAGGGGCGUGCGCGGGCGAACUGAAAGGCGCAUUCGACUUCUACUUCGGCGGCCAAAAAGGGGAGCAAAACGGAGGCGAAACUUAUUUUGUGGAAUACCAAUUGGAGGCGCGUGAGCAGGGCAGGCUGAACAACAUGAAGGAGAAAAUAAGGGGAAAGUACGAACGGGGUGGCGAAAACGGCAGCGGUGAACAGGGCAAGUUUGAACACGAGGAGGGAGCCAACGCAAGUGAGCCCCCCAGCGAGGGACCCCCCUUCUCCCACUACAUGCUGAACAAAGAGCUGAACGAAAACCUCUUCACCUAUUUUCACCAAAUGAAUAGGAAGAGAAAUAAUUUCAACCACAUUUUCGAUGUGUACUUUAUGUACAGAUGGAAGAAGGAAGAAAAAAAAUUCGAUCAACUGGUUCAGAAGAUUUUCAAAAAAAACUUUCACCAUUACCUUGAGCGGAUUUACUCUAUCCUGAGGGAAAUGUUGCUCUUUAAAAAAGGGGGGGAAUACAUACUAGUAGAUUCCAGCGUGGAUGAUUAUCUGUGCAAUGUCUUCUUUGAUGAGGAUAACAAUUAUUCUUUAAAAAAUGUGGAGGGGGUGACUUACCAUUCGGUUGUGCAAUUCGUGGAGGAGGGACAAGGCGCAUUGAAAAAAGCACUGCAAGAAAAGGUUGAAAAAAUAAUUGCGCAGAAAAAUAUGCACACUAGGGGGAUGACCGGUGGGAAAACCUACUGGGUGGAGGAAACUCCUGGUGAGGAAAUCCCAGGGGGAGGGAAAUCCAGGAAAGGGCUGCCCCCAGGUGGAGGUGUCAAACAAACCGUUUUGAGUAAAAAAGGGGAGAAAGACACCUCUGGGGGGGGAAACCAAGUAGGAUAUGUAGACGACGAAGAGGAGAAGAAAGAUAAAUGCCCGCAAGACGGUGAAGGAGACGUAGCGGAAACUCCCACGACGGAAAAAACAAUCUUAAGAGUCACCGCCCAGCAAGAUCGCAUAGACUGUAUGCGCAUCCAUAAAAAUUUGCUCUACAUAAUUUUUGUAGUAUACCAGAUUGUACACUUUUCAUAUGAAGUUUUGCUCGGCAUGAAGGGAACAGAAUGGAGGCAUCCCUCGGCACACAAAAUCGAGGGGGGGAAAAAUGAAGGGCAAAAAAGAAGACAAAUUAUUGCAAUUAAUACAGUCCUAUUUUGCUACAAAAUUGUUAAAUAUAUUUAUGAUGCAUUUUUAAGUUAUUGCUUUUUCACAUUUCGAUUUUCUUGCUUUCCGAAGGUGCCAUGUGCAAAUGAAUUUCUUCUCAGCGUAAUUAAUGAUAAUAUAUUUUUAAAAAAGGUUUUGCAAAAUGUUCAUUCGGUUUUUUUGCACCAUAAGCAUUUGUUUAAUCUGACCAUGUGUGCAGAAGAGAUCAUUUCGUUUAAAAGUGUGGACUUGAAAGGGGAUGGCGGCUUGUGGAAAAGGGGAAGCAACGAAUGGGUGGACGAACAGCACAUAAAGGGUGAUAACACCCCAGAGGGUGAAAAGAACGGUAGGAGGGAUCCCAUCUUAAAGAGCGCAAAAUUACCAUCAGAGGGAUACUUCCCCGAAAGGAGGGGUGAAAAAAAAAAAAAGAGUUGUCCCCCAAAGGAGCACUUCCACUGUAUAAACAAAAUGAGCGUGCUGAAGAAGAUUCACCUCUACAUUGACAAGUUCCAGAUAAAUUUAAAUUUUUUUAAAAAUAUGUUUGUUAAAAUUUAUAAGGACAAAUUUACGCGCCUUCUCCAGAAGGAUACCCUUUUCAUGGAGGAGCAAUUUUUAAUCAGCACAUCCAAAAUCGUGAAUAUCAUUUUUGAGUUUUUUCAAAUUCAGGACCUUUGCAGAAUUGCGCACACGGAUAUUACCCUCCGUUUGGUGGAUUAUUUUUUUUUCCUUAUCAACGCGCAGGUGUAUUCUUUUGCGCGGGAAAGGGGCAGAAUCGAUGAGGAGGAGCGGCAGCUCCUCUACGACAAGUUCGUGUUCGCUCAGAAUAGCCUGUCCUUCGUUUUGCGCAGCUACGGAGACAACUGCGGCGAACAGAAGAACCACGCACACCCGGAGGAAAACUACUUUCUAAGAAUAACGGACGAGCUGCCCUUCAGUUUGACCAAUCUGAAAAAGAACAAGGCGCUGUUUCUGCUCCUUUUCUGCAAAGUCAAACAGAUCCUGAAUGCCAAAAAGGGGAUACUCGAAAUGAACGACGCGAAGAUGGUCCAGGCGCUGCUGGCCAGCAACCCGUACGCGUACGAGGAUGAGAAUUACGACGCGAUCCUCAACGAGUUUAAGUGA